GUGUUCACCACAACUUUUAGAAUCCUUCGUCCCCUACACAUUUAAAACAGCUAAAGGUUCCAUACGGAUUGUUAGUACUUGAAAACUCCACCGAACGCUUGUUAGCGUAUUGGUAAUUAUUCAUUAGUGAAGUCGGCCGUGCUGUGAAUUAAGAUUGUAUCUCAUAAUGUGGACCUGAAAAAAUGGCUACAAAAGUUAAAAGAAAUAAGGAUGACCAAAAUUCUGCAUCUGCAACAGAAGAAUUGACCCUCAAUAAUACUGCUGAAAAGCAACCUAUAAAGACAAAAAAGGAAGGAGAUAUAAGACCAUUAAAUGUAACUUACGAUAUGGUGGCUGUUACAUCAUCCUAUUAUUCCAUUGUGUUGGAAGCAUUGACCAAGAAUGAUGACAAAAAAGGAAUGAGUAUUUCAGGUCUCAAAAAAUUCAUGAAAGAGAAUUACCCAGAAAAAGAAUGGACAAGAUGUAAGCCUUUUAUUAGAAAAGCGCUUGAAAAGGGGUUGCUGUUGGGUGUGAUUUUGAGACCCAAACAAAGUGAAGGAGCUGUUGGACUUGCUGGAAGAUUCAAAUUAAAUAAAGAUUUUGAGGCCAAGCCACCACCUAGUAAAGCCAAAACUGAAGGUAAAGCUACAGGAAGUAAAGUCUCUACAGGACAAAAGAAGACUACAGAACUUGUAGGAAAAGUGAAAAAAACCAAAAGUGAGAAAGGAAAAGUUGCCAAGGGAGAAAAAAUUAAAGUGAGUGCCAAGGGAGAAAAAAAUAAAACUAAAGGGCUAGGUGAAUCUAAAGGUGAAGGUUCAUCAAAGGCAAAAAAAACUACAGAUAAAGAAAAACAACCAGGUACAAAAAAAAACACAAGUAAGAAAGAGAAACCACCUUCUCAGAAAGAGAAACCACCACCUCAGAAAGAGAAACCGCCUUCUCAGAAAGAGAAACCAUCUUCUCGGGUAAAAGAUAAGAAAAAUUCUCCUAACUCAAACUCUAAGGAAGAAAGUGCAUAAUACUGCAAAGAUAUUCACCUAAAAUCAGUGAUGUGGGAUUUUAGGAAUCUGGUGUAUUUCAUGAGUCUCUUUAUCUUCCAAAAUGUAAAGGAACAGUUGUUUUAGCUAUAACACUUCACUGGUAUUUGAAGUUCUAUUGUGCUGUCAUAUUUUUUUUAUCUAGAGAAAGUUUUAACAUUUUUAAAUAUUUUAAUUUAAAUGUUCUGAAGCCUUAUGGUUCUUUUUAGUUUGAAAAUGCACUUUUAAAAAGUUUUGAAAAUAUUUUUAUAGUCUCAAUAAACUGUAAUAAUG